AUGGGAAAAGAAGGCAGAAGGAAGAAGGAAAGACCAAAGCCACGUAAACAGGUCUAUGGUUUACCAGACUUAGUUUACCGAGGUCAAGAAAUAAAUAAGUAUAAAGAAGUGUGUUAUUAUGUUAUCCUCAACACUCACAAUGAACUACCUGUUCAAAAGGUAUUAGAACCUGUAGCAUGUACUGAACCUUAUCGAAUUCAUCGACCUCAAGCUCUUCGCCCGGUUAAUCUCAAACCAGCUCUUCGGGGCUCUCCACAACCGGUAUUACACAGUGGUUAUGAGCCACCUAUUGAGCCAGAUCCCGCCGCUCAUUUUGAGCCAAAUCCCACCACUCAUUCUGAGCAUAAUCUAGCUGGCGUAUCUACCGAGGUACCUAUUAGAGUACCCGUGCGAGAGAAGAACCACAGGGGUAGAAAACCCAAGGCAAAAUCCAAUCCUGAAGGCGUGGUGUAAAGGCAUCAAAAUCAGUAUUAAC